AUGGGUAAAGCUACGAGGUGGUUGAAGGGCUUGUUCGGGUUCAAACCCUCUUGCAGCUCCAGCGACCAUCACCGCCGGAGCUCCGCCGUCGGUCUCUGCGACACCCACGAGAACAUAUCGGAGAGAGAAGCCACGUGGAUUAGAUCCAGGGUUGAUGAUACAUUCAAUUUGGUCUCAGGGGUCCAUCUUGAAUGGGAACUUGCUCGGGCUACACUUGAGAUGUUGGAGAAAAAGGAGAAAGUGCUCCUGAAGAAGGCUGCUGGCGAGGUCGAAAAAGCAAAGGAAUUCACCCGGGCAAAGAACAAACGAGCUGCAGCCGCUGUGGUUAGGCUUACCGGACGAAGCGGCCCGCUCCGUCGAACCGGCCGUGAGAAACUACUGGCUGCAACAAAGAUCCAAUGUGCAUUCAGAGGCUACUUGGCGAGGAAAGCGUUAAGAGCGUUAAGAGGAGUGGUGAAGAUACAAGCGUUGGUGAGAGGUUACUUAGUGAGGAGGCAAGCGGCUGCUACGCUACGAAGCAUGGAGGCUCUGGUUCGAGCUCAGGCCACCGUUAAGCUUCACAGGUCUAUUCGCCGGUCCGGUUACGCCGGUCCGCCCAGGAAAUCCAUGGAGAAGUUCUCCGGUUGUCUGGAAAACCGAAACAACGGUGAAGAAACCGCAAAGAUAGUGGAAGUUGACACUGGGACCAGACCCAGAACGUACAAGACCCGAAGACCCGCUUCAAACGGGUCGGAUCUUACCGACGAUCCGUUUCGCCGGACGUUCUCGUCUCCUCUAUCGGGUCGGAUCCCGCCACGUCUCUCGAUACCCAAACCCGACUGGGACGACUGCAGCAGCUGCACCAAGUUCCCCACCGCCCAGAGCACGCCUCGGAUCGCCGGAGGUUCGCCGUCUAUCAGCGCCUGCUUCUCCGUCUCCAGCCGCGGCGGCGGCCGGUGGGCGAAGCUGAGGUCGCAUAGCGCGCCGAGGCAGAGGCCGGAGGCCACGUCAGCGAGCGGAGAAAGCGGUGGAAGAGACCGGCGGAGGAGCGUCGGAGGUGGCGGCGGAGCUCGGGUGCACCGGCCGUCGUGUUCAGGUGUUCGAGAGGAUGUCGUCGGAAAAAUCGACCGACUUAGGGUUCAAUGGUAA